AUGGUGACCGGCGGCCCUGCUGAGGCGCUGGGCCGGCGGCGGCGGGGCGGAGGGGGGGGGACGCCGGCCAAGCGGCGGCGGGCCGAGGCGGCGACCCCCGAGGAGCGUCCCGAGCCCCAGGGCGGCGCCCAGGCCGGCCUCCAGCCCCGCGCGCCGGUCAAGAGGAGCGAGCCCCCCCCGGUGGGACGGGCGGCCGGCCGGCCCGGCUCCUCCUCCUCCCCCUCCCCCUCCUCCGGCGGCCGCGGCCCGCCCGCGCGCCCGCUGGAGCGGCAGGUCUUCCGCGACUACGGGCGGAGCUGGUACCGCUGCCGGAAGGCGCUGGAGGGCGAGCUCCACCCGCUGGACCCGCUGGCCCGGCAGCCGCAAGUGACUGCAGAGGCCCGGUGCAAACUGAUCAGCUGGCUAAUACCAGUGCAUAAACACUUUGGCUUCUCUUUUGAGUCCUUAUGCCUGGCAGUAAACACUCUAGACCGCUUUCUCACCACAACCCCAGUGGCCGCUGACUGCUUCCAACUCCUAGGGGUCACCACCCUCUUCAUUGCUUGCAAACAGGUAGAAGUGCACCCGCCGAAGGUGAAACAGCUCUUGGCUCUUUGUUGUGACACUUUCUCCCGCCAGCAGCUCUGUAACCUGGAGUGCAUCAUCCUGAACAAGCUCCGCUUCAACUUGGCAGCCCCCACCGUCAACUUCUUUUUGGAAUAUUUCACGUACGUGCGGCUGGAGGCUUGUGAGGAUUAUGCCUGGGAGGCCAGCAAUGCCAAGGCCCUGGCCAAAGGUGUGGCUGAACUUAGCCUGGCUGACUAUGCUUUUAACAAAUACGUGCCUUCCUUGCUGGCCGUUUGCUGCUUGGGGCUGGCUGACCAGAUGUUACACCACCAGAAACCACUGGACCUGCAUUUAAGUGACUAUUCGGAAGAGGUUUUACAGGACUGCCUGGACAAACUACAUUUACUGGUAUCUUUGAAUGAAGACUCUUUGCCUCUUGUGUUGCCCCCUGAGAUUUCAGAACAGUGUCUGCAUGUGGAUAAAUGA